UGCAUCUCUAGCUACCAUUUUGCAAAUUUUUUGCUCAACACGUGUUCGACGCUCGGUUCUUUUAAAUUAAUAUUAACCAAAUAACUGCAAUGGCUGAGGAAUCAUUCUAUGGUGUUACUUUGACCGCCGAAAGCAACAGCGUGACGUGGGACGUAGACGAGGAUUACGCACGAGGCCAGAAGUUGGUGAUCAAACAGAUUCUGCUGGGCGCGGAAGCCAAGGAGAAUGAGUUCAACGUGGUGGAGGUCAACACAGUGAAGGACUCUGUUCAAAUUCCGAUUGCUGUCUUGAAGGCAGGCGAGACCCGCGCCGUCAAUCCAGAUGUGGAGUUCUACGAGUCGAAGGUCACGUUCAAGCUGAUCAAGGGCAGUGGACCCGUGUACAUUCACGGCCACAACAUCAAGGACGAUGUCGAGGUGGUCGACAUGGAGGAGGAGGAUGAGGAGGACGAUGUGGCCGAGGACGAGGAGGAUGAGCACCCAAAGAAGCGGGCCAAGAUCGAGCAGAACGCUGCAGCCGCUGCCGGCGAUAAAAACGCCAAGAACAACAAGAAGAAGUAAAAACCACCGGAUAGCCGGAAAUUAAAUCUAAAUCAUCGUAAAUCGUCAACCAUCCAUCGAUGAUGGUUUAAGCUAUUCUUCACGUGUAGAUUUAACAAGCAACAAAGUGUUUUAGGCCCUAUUUUACAAUACGAUACGAUACGAUACGAUACGCGAUACAUAACAUACUGAGAAUACAAUUUAGUUCCUUUUGAACGAGAACAGAUCCUUAACCUAAACUUUGAACCACUUAACCUUAACUUUACAUUACAUUCAGUUCAAAGGCAACGUUGUGUGCUCGUGUCUCGUGUAAUCUUAAGCGGAAAGCCCCUAAACAGCGGCACACACUAAUCGAACACACAGAUUUGUAUAUACAUAUAAAACCUACAACUAAACAUCUAAAAACUAAAAAAACAAACCGAACUUCCUGUACGCCUUGUGCCCCCCCUCCUUCAUAAAUGUGGUAUGAAAUUAAACUGUCGUCGGUAUUUAAAUGAAA